UAGUGAUUCUGAGAUCCAGACAAAGUGCCUUCUGAGGAUUAUGCUAAUAUAGCCAGCUGUGAUUUGGAGGAUACUAAGGCAAUUCCAAAACGUGGUCACAAUGGACAGUCAUUACCAAAACAACAUGCAAGACAAUGAAGGAGAAAGCCAGUACACCUACAGAGAGGAAGGUGAGGAUGGAUACCCCUACGGACACAACUACCCUGCGCAGGAGGAAGAUGCAGCCAGUGAUGCCACUGAAGGACACGAUGAGGAUGAACAGAUGUAUGAAGGGGAAUAUCAGGGCAUUCCGCACCCAGACGAAAUCAAGGAGGCGCGCCGAGCUGCUCAUCGGGAGGCCAGGUUGAAAGCCAAGUUGGCCACUUUGGAAGAUGAGGAGACGUUGGCUGAGCAGUACGAGACCAUCAUGGAGGACUGCGGCCAUGGGCACUUCCAGUGGACCCUCUUCACCGUGCUGGGCCUGGCGCUCAUGGCUGAUGGUGUGGAGUGUUUUGUAGUGGCCUUCGCUUUGCCCAGUGCAGAGAAGGACAUGUGCCUGUCCAACGCCGACAAGGGCACGUUGGGACUGAUUGUGUACGUGGGGAUGAUGCUGGGAGCUGUAGUGUGGGGUGGUCUGGCUGAUAAACUGGGACGCCGUCAAUGUCUCCUCCACGCUCUGGCCAUCAACUGCAUCUUCUCUUUCAUCUCCUCCUUCUCCCAGGGCUAUGGCUUCUUCCUCUUCUGCAGACUCUGCUCCGGAAUUGGAAUAGGUGGCUCUAUCCCAAUCGUGUACACGUACUUUGCUGAGUUCCUGCAGAUGGAUAAACGGGGUGAGCACCUGAGCUGGCUGUGUCUGUUCUGGAUGCUGGGAGGCCUGUACGCUUCCUUCAGCGCCUGGGGAAUCAUCCCUCAUUAUGGUUGGGGUUUCAGUAUGGGCACUGAGUUCCAGUUCCACAGCUGGAGAGUGUUUGUGUUGGUGUGUUUCCUGCCUGCGGUGGUUGCUCUCGCUGGACUCGUAUUUAUGCCCGAGAGCCCACGCUACCUCCUCGAGAAUGCAAGGAAUGACGAGGCCUGGAUGAUCCUGAGACGUGUCCAUGACACCAACUGGAGGGCGAAAGGUGAACCAGAGAGAGUGUUUCAGGUUUCCGAGUUUAAAACUUCUCAAACUCAGGAGGAUGAUUUCAUUGAGAUCCAGAGCGAGACUGGAACGGCUUUCCAGAGAUUCAUGGUCAGACAGAUGACUCUGGUCAAGCAGGUGAUGAAGAACUUGAUGUCACUCGCAGCUCCUAAACUGAGACUCCAUGGAUUGUUCAUCGCCAUUGUCUGGUUUACGAUGGCAUUUGGAUAUUACGGCCUUUCAGUCUGGUUUCCUGACCAGAUAAAACACCUGCAGUAUGAAGAGUACGAGUCUAAGACCAAGAUAUUUAACAAGGAUAAGAUUGAACACUUUCACUUCAACUUUUCUUUGAAAAACCAGAUUCACACAGAGGGCCAUUAUAUCAGUGACUGGUUUGUCGGAAUAGAGAUGAGAAACGUGAGGUUUAAAGAGACCGCCUUUGAACACUGUUACUUCGAGGACAUCAAGUCGACAGACACCUUGUUUGAGAACUGCACCAUCAUCAACACUCUUUUCUACAACACGGAUUUAUGGCCUGAUUCCAAGUUCAUCGACUGCAACUUCAUCAAUGUCACAUUUUCUCAUCCUAAACGCGGCUGCCAUCUUAACUUCCAGGAGGAAAACGACAUCUUGAUUUAUUUAGUCAGUUUUCUGGGCAGCUUGUCUGUGCUCCCAGGCAACAUCAUCGCAGGCUUCUUGAUGGAUAAGAUAGGACGAAUUAAAAUUAUAGGUAUCUCCAUGCUGGUGUCCUCUGGCUGUACUUUCUUCCUCUUCCUCUGCUUCAGUCCUGGUGCUGUGGUCAGCUUCCAGUGUCUGUUCUACGCAGCAUCUGCAGCUGCUUGGAACGGAAUUGAAGUUAUAACAGUCGAGCUUUAUCCAGCCUCUAAAAGAGCAACUGCUUUUGGUGUGCUGAAUGGCCUGUGCAAGUUGGCAGCCAUCAUUAGCACCUUCAUCUUCUCCAAGUUUGUUGGAAUCACCAAGAUUGUCCCCAUCUUACUGUCCUUCUCUGCCAUGGCGUGUGGAGGCCUGCUCGCGUUCAAGCUUCCUGAGACACGUGAAGUCAUUCUACAGUAAUCAACAAAACCCAGCUAACAUACAAAAAGCCAAACUUCAGAAAUAUUAAGGCCUCGUAGCAAUGCAUGGUCCAGCUGGAAACUGGACUGUCUCACUCUGAGACUGGUGGAAAAGUGAUUUGAUUGUGUACAUGUUAAAAUGAUGUUUACCUUAAUUAGCUUACAUUUAUACUAUAUGGCCAAAUGUUUGUGGACACCUGAACAUCACAGCCAUAUGUGGUUCUUCCCCUAAUUGUUGUCACAAAUUUGGAAGCACACAAUUGUAUAGGAUGUGUUUGUAUGCUGUAACAUUAGGAUUUCCCUUUACUGGAACUAAAUGGCCCAAACGUGUUCCAAGGCAAUGCCCCAGUGCAUAAAGCGAGAUCUAUGAAGACAUGGUUUGCCAAGGUUAUAGAGGAAAGACUCGAGUGGCCUGCACAGAGCCCUGACCUCAACCCCAUUGAACACCUUUGAAAUGAACUGGAACACCAACUGCACCGCAGACCUCUUCACCCAACAUGUCUGACCUCACUAAUGCUCUUGUAGCUGAAUGAGCACAAAUCCCCACACGUUCCAAAAUCUAAUGCAAAGCCUUCCCAGAAGAUUGGAAAUUAUAAUAACAGAAAACGGGAACUAAAAAUAAGCACAUAUGGUUGUGAUGGUCAGGUGUCCAGAAACUUUUGGCCAUAUAGUGUACAUUUUUUCAUUUGACAGACAGUUUAUUUAGAGAUUUAUAAGAAUCCAAUCCAGGCACAGAGCUGAGCCGUUAAAGGUCUUGUUUAAUUAAGGGCACUACCCUGGCUCUGCCUGAGAAUUGAACUCGUAGUCUUCAGUCAGUAGCACAGGACCAAUGCACUGCUUUAUUAGUUUUAAAAACCAGGGGUGCUUUUCCAAAAACAAUGAAUCUUAGAGAAUAACAUGACAAAGGACAUAUGUUUAUGUAAGAGAAUGCAAGUCUGCAAGUGAGCAGCACAAGCAUAUAGAGUUAAUUAUUUAUAUUAAGGUGAAGAGUGAAUUAAAAAACAAGCUGAAAGUACACUACUACUAAUACUACUACCACUACUACUAUCACUACUAUUACUACUACUACUACCACUACUACUAU